CAGUUACCAAUUUUGCCCCUGAGUCCCAAUGAGGGAAGUCCAACCGACCAACGGUUCUGCUUCAAAUUAUCCAGUUAAAGUCUUGACAUUCUUAUUUUUCGAGGUUUAGGGUUCAGGCCGAACAUUGUGGCCGUGGCGGGAAGUUCAAACAACUUUCCGGCUAUGCUCUCGCCGGCGUUCAUCUCAACGGCCACCAUUUCUCAGUCACCGCCUUGUUUCUCUGUUCAACCACCGCCAAUAUCACUAUCCACACGGCGUGCCUGUUCCAAAUGGAACCUCACUAGUAUCGACCGUUGUAAAAGCCCCACAAAUUUGCGGUUCAACUUUAUCAAAGACCCGUUCAGGGCUUCGCUGGUCGCCUGCACAACGGAAACAUGUACUGCUCAAGAAUGCACCGAUGUCGAAUCUUGCAGCAAUGAGCCGGUGAAUGGAUGCUUGAGUCCCUAUUUGAUUGCCGCUUGGCUUCGUUCAAGUCGCGGCGUAAAGGAAUUGAGGGCGAUACAUGCGUUCAUUUUGCGACAUUUUUCAAGUUUGGUGACUUAUGUUGGGAAUAAUUUGAUUAGUUCUUACUUGAGAUUCGGAAUGUUGAUUGAUGCUAGAAGGGUGUUCGAUGAAAUGCCAAUGAGGAGUGUUGUGACCUGGACGGCUAUUAUUAAUGGAUAUAUUGAUUUUGAUUUGACUGAUGAAGCUUUAGGAUUGUUCGGUGAUUCGGUCAGGAGCGGGGUGCGAGCGAAUGGGAAGAUGUUUGUUUGUAUCUUGAACUUGUGUGCUAAAAGGUUGGAUUUUGAGCUUGGGAGGCAAAUCCAUGGCGCCAUUGUGAAAGGUAAUUGGGGGAAUUUGAUUGUUGAUAGUGCCAUUGUUUACUUUUAUGCACAAUGUAAAGAUAUUUCCAGUGCAUUUGUUGCAUUUGAACAUAUGCCAAAGCGGGAUAUUGUUUGUUGGACUUCCAUGAUUACUUCUUGUUCCCAGCAAGGGCUUGGACGAGAGGCAAUUUCAAUGUUUUCUAAUAUGCUAAGCGAUGGAUUUCUACCAAAUGAGUUUUCUGUAUGUAGUGUUCUUAAGGCUUGUGGAGAAGAGAGGGAGUUGAAGAUUGGGAAACAGUUACAUGGUUUGGUAAUUAAGAAAAUAAUCAAGAAUGAUGUUUUUGUUGGGUCUUCCUUGGUUGAUAUGUAUGCCAAGAGCGGGAGUUUGGCGGAUUCUAGAGAAGUAUUCGACGAAAUGAGGAAUAGAAACACGGUUACGUGGACAUCAAUCAUAGCUGGUUACGCACGGGAGGGGCUCGGUGAGGAGGCUGUUAACCUCUUUAGGUUGAUGAAUAAGCAGAGGGUUCCUGCCAAUGACUUGACCAUUGUAAGCAUUCUCCGUGCUUGUGGCUCGAUCGGGGCUUCGUUGACUGGGAGGGAAGUUCAUGCCCAGAUUGUAAAAAACUCAUUUCAGACUAAUCUACACAUAGGAAGCACUCUAGUCUGGUUCUACUGUAAAUGUAGGAAUCAACCUAAGGCCUCCAUGGUUCUUCAGCAGAUGCCUCUUAGAGAUGUGGUCUCCUGGACGGCCAUCAUUUCUGGAUGUGCUCAUCUUGGGCACGAGUCCGAGGCUCUCGAGUUUCUAGAAAACAUGAUAGAGGAAGGAGUUGAACCAAAUUCGUUUACCUAUUCAUCGGCUUUAAAAGCGUGUGCCAAGAUGGAAGCCAUCCUCCAGGGGAGAUUGAUCCACUCGUCUGCAAAUAAAACAUCUGCAGUGUCCAACGUUUUUGUGGGAAGUGCACUGAUCUACAUGUAUGCAAAAUGUGGGUACGUAACCGAAGCUUCUCAAGUUUUCGACAGCAUGCCGGAGAGGAAUUUGGUUUCGUGGAAGGCCAUGAUCUUGUGUUAUGCUCGGAACGGUCUGUGCCGAGAAGCGUUAAAGCUCAUGUAUCGAAUGCAGGCUGAAGGUAUUGAAGUGGAUGACCACAUUUUUGGAACAGUUUAUGGAGUUUGUGGAGACGUGAAGUGUGAGGUAGAUUCAUCUCUUGAAUACAGCUUGCAAACUCAAUGAUCUUCCCAGUUUGAAUGGUGAUGUAGAUCGAAAUUCAUGCUAUAAUAUGGUUCUCGACCCAUCUCAAAGAGCCUUGCACAAAGUUCAUCCGCUGUUUUGAUCUGAAGAAGCACUUUCCCGUGCUCUUCUGUCACUCCAAAAAUCAAAGUUUGUGCAGAUGGGAGAACGCCUGAGCUGUUUAUCGGCUCUGUGUAGUGCAGCAUGUAUUUUACAACCCAGGUCUAAGUUAAUUGAAGAAAUAAAAGAAACAUCCAAUGUAAUCUUUGUAAAUCUAUACCUAUCCCGGCGCAACCACUCUGUGAUCUGA